AUGCAGUCUCUUGCCCAGGAAAUCAAGACAUUUUCCAAGACCAAUUUGAGAAAGCAAUGCACCCGCGUGACGACGUUGAGCGGCAGGAGGAUUAUUGAGACAUGGAAAGGGUCGACUAUACAUGUUGUAGAGGAUAAAACUCAGCCUCAGACAGCAUGCGGCUAUGUACAGGACAACAGCUGGGACGUACAAGUUGGAGUUAUUAAACCUUAUUUACUAUUAGGCUCACAAGAUGCUGCACAUGACUUUGGCACUUUGAGAAAAUAUAAGGUGUCCCACAUUUUGAAUGUAGCCUAUGGUGUUGAAAACGCAUUUCCAGACCUGUUCAUUUAUAAAACACUGAGCAUUCUGGAUGUUCCUGAUACUGACAUAACAUCCUAUUUCCAAGAGUGCUCAAAAUUCAUAGACCAAGCAAAUGCAGAGAAAGGAGUUGUGUUGGUUCACUGCAAUUCUGGAGUCUCGAGGUCAGCCUCGGUCGUCAUUGGAUACCUGAUGUCCACGGAAGGAAAGCCUUUCAAUGAUGCGUUUACCUUGGUGAAAUCGGCUCGGCCAGCCACAUGUCCAAACCCAGGGUUUCUUGAACAGUUGAAAGGUUUCAAACUGAAAGGGGGCAUAGAAGCCAAUGGUGUGGGCUAUGCAUGA